AUGGACGGCUAUGGAAAUUACAGCAGAGAGCCUCCGCUCGCGCGAUCACCAACUGAAAGAACGAGUUGGGCUGGGCGUGACGAUAGCUUUAGAAGUGUUAAAAAUGAACGCGACGAUGGUUUUAGAGGUGUGAAACCUGAACGCGACCGCGAAUCAUUUUACCGUGGUAGAUCUCCUGUUGGUGAUAGGCAAAGACGAAAUCCGCGCGACCGCGACCGCUCUAGAUCUCCGGUAGACCGUUAUGAACCUAAUGGUAGAACAAGAGAUAGAGAUGAUUACAGAUCAUCGAGGGAUCGUGAGGACCGAAGACGAAUUGCUUCUCCUGCACCAGCCAAUAUCGAUCGAUAUGUCCCUGGUCAAGAUUCCGGUCCGCCCCCUCCAAUUACUGUCAAUCCACUUGCGGAUCCAGUUAUCCUGCCUUUUCAGGUGGGAUUCUCGUACUAUGGAGAAUGGUGGCGCACAAAUGAGAAGAUCAAGGAGGACAAGGAACGUGUUAGAUCUGGGAAGCGUGGUGAAAUCUUCAGACCUCGUGAAGAAGACCGUGAUGCCGAAAAGGCUCGCAUACAAGUUGCAUAUGAUGCAUAUAAAGAAGAACUUCAAGCUAGGAUGGCACGUACAUUUGUGCAGGAGCACAAAGGAGAACAAUGGUUUAUGGAGAGAUACGUACCCGAGAUGCGAGAUGCUUUACGUCUACAAGUGAACGAGUUCCGCCGCGGCAAUUAUAGUCAAUGGGAGCAAGAUCUUGAAUCCGGAACUUUCGACGAAUACUCUUUGGAAGGUAUUCCUAAAAGCGAAAGCAAUGGCACUGGUGGUGUUAUUGAAAAAGAAGAGGGCGAGACAACCGCUGCUAACGAAGUUUUGGGAGUUGGUGACCUAGUUCCUUCUAGAGGUGGUGACAUUCGAGAUGAGAAUGCUUUCCAGCCAACGUUGCUCAUCAAGACAAUCGCGCACAUGUUAGCCGGUGGUUUCAAGUGGUUGAGUUUGAGUGAUCCAAAUCCAAGCAAACGCUACCAUAGAAUUGGUUGGGUCAUGCUUCUUCCUGGACCUGAUUCAGCUCCCAUCCUUGAUCGACCAGAGAUUAAGGACGAAGAAGAGGGUGAUAUCUCUGCCGAACCAGCAGCUCCACUCACUACUGCUCAGAAGGCGCUUGAGGCUAUCAAUGGAAAGACCGUCAAGGAUGAAGUUAGAGGAGACUUUACUUGCCAUGUCGGUGUUCAUGUACCGCCUAACUUACCACGUAAGAAGGCACUUUGGGAUUUGUUUUCAGUGCCUGAGCGUAUUGAGAAAGAUCUCGAUUUGGCCACCCGCCUCGUUAGCAAAUUUGAAGAAGAUUUUGGUUCCGACUUCAAUGCUGUCCUGAAGAUUGAAGAAAAAGUCGAUGACUUGAAGAAUCAAGGUCGUCUUCAACCCCCGGUUACAGCUCCUACGCCCAAGAAAGGCAAGAAGUCUAAGAAUGGGCUCGGCCUGGACGAAGCAAUGGACGAAGGUGAAGAGUUCGAGGAGAUGGAGGAAGGAGAGGAAGAGGAAGAAGGUGCUUUUGAUUUCGAUGACAUCGAUGAUGAAGAACUUCUUGUCAAGAAGAAGCAGCUUGAUCUCAUGGUUGAGUACCUAAGACGUGUCUUCAACUUCUGCUUCUUCUGUGUUUUUGAGAGUGACUCGAUUCAUGAGCUCACUCGAAAAUGCCCUGGAGGACAUCUGAGGAGACCACGUAACACUCUUACCACAUCGGCCAAAGCGGCUGCUCGCGCCAGUGCAUUGGGUGAAGCGUUCCCUGGAAAGGUAAAGACUGAGGACAAGACGGAUAUGGAUCCCUCCUCUCCAGAUGGUGAGCGCAAAACCAAUCCGCGUAACAAUGUUUCCAAGGCAGAACAGCAGCUUCAACGAGCUUUCAAUUGGGUCAGAACAUUUGAGGACAAGAUUAUGCAACUCCUUGAUCCGGAUAACGUUGAUGUGCGGAAACUGGGUGGAAAGCCGACUGAUGAGGCUUUGAAGGAUGAGUUGGUCAAAUAUGUAAAGCAAGAAGAUGAUCACAAAUUUAGAUGCAGAGUUCCAGAGUGUACCAAAUUGUUUAAGGAGGAGCACUUCUGGAAGAAGCAUGUUGAAAAGAGACAUCCUGAAUGGCUGGAAGGUUUGAAGACUGACUUCGAUCUUGUCAAUACCUACGUUCUCGAUCCUGCGCAUAUUGCUCCAUCAAGAUCAGAUGCCAAUAGCAAUGGUCACUUCCCUCCAGCUAAUGGUCACAUGCCAGCCGGUACUCCGCGUGGUUUCAAUCUUCAAAACUUUGGAAUGAAUGGGCUCAAUGCUAUGUCGGGCUUUCCACCAUCUAAUGGCUUCCCACCUUUCCUUGCCGGUCAUGCUGUGCAGUCACCUAUGGGUUGGGUUAGUGGUCCUGAUAAUCGUGGUCCGGGCCCGAUCAGAAGGGGUGCUGGUCGAUAUCAAACAAAUAAUCGAACUGGUCCCUACGAUCGCCGACCCAAUCAGAAUCGCGGCGAUCCAAAUGCCGGUAGACUAAGCCCUCCCAGUGGAGAACGUGGUGGCCGUGGAUUGCCUCACCGCUUUACACCAGCUAGUGGUGGUAGCCGAUGGGGUGAUGGAGCAGCUCCUGGUAGUACAACUGUUGGACCUCGUGAAGCAACAGCCGGCAGAAGCUUAAAAUCAUAUGAAGAUCUUGAUGCCGUUGCUGGAGCUGGGUCCGGCGAACUCAAUUACUAA